CUCGCAUGCGGAUCGUGGAGGAUGGACGUUUCCAGGGUCUUCUUCAGUAAUCUGCGCGACCUGUGCCUCACGCUAGAGAAGGAGGCCAGGCAGCUCGAUCAGGCCUUACCAAAAGAGGACACAGACUAUGAAGAUGAAUCUCCACUAAGAGUCUUACAUGACGUCCAUUGUGAAAUCAAGACUCUGAAGGAAGAUGUUAAUGCCAGUCUUGGUAAGAGUUGCUCUUCGAAACAAGAAAUUCAUCAUUUUAUGAAGGAAAGUGAAACAAUGAUGCAAAUAAAUGCAUCCAAUCUUGGAAAAAUAAGAGAGCUGUUCCAGAAAUACGGCUACAAACCACAUGUCAAAAACUCUACAGCAGAAGAGAAGGAAGAAGUUAGCAGUUAUUCAACAGAGUCUGUUCAGAGUAAAUCUGAUGAAGAAGAAGCAGAUGAUGUACUUCAUCUUCCACCUUCUACUGAGAAGCCACCGGUGCCCGAAGACCCAUUGCGUAACCCCCAGCUUUCUGAUUUUGGUCUUUCACAAUACGCUUUCUCCAAGCCUUGGAGUGAUAUGAAAGAACAACCCCCAACAAAAGCAUAUCAAGCACAUUCAAAUAACAGGACUCCACUAAAAAUGCCAGCUCCUGGUAUUUUACCCAAAACACCUAAAUGUAGACUGAAGAUGGAAGAUUAUGAGUGUGCAACACCAAAACUUGAACACUUUGGCAUUAGUGAACAUACCAUGUGUAUGAAUGAAGAUUAUACAAUGUCACUUAUUCACAAAACAGCUCAGGCAGUCACAAAGUUAGUUAAAAAUGUUGAUCAUGAAAUGAAAGUAUCAGAAAUGACAUCCAGAGGAAUCAUGGUUACUCCUAGGCCAAGACAAAAAAUGACAAAUGAGAAUGCAGCAGCUGACUGGAUGACUUCUCCUAUGGUCUUUGUGUUCUGUACUCCUGAUGUGAAAAUCUCUCCCAGAACAAAUAGUACAGUAUCAUCAAGGUCACCAGGGACAAAUGAACUGCCGCCUCCUAGCCGGACAGAAACACCACGAUGUCCAGACUUUGAAACAAGAUGGCUAGUAAAAGAAGCUCAGCAAGUAAUGCAGAGGGAAAAGAUUCAGUCAGUGACAAAGAAUGAUGCAACAACCAAAAAACCCACAGAAGAUAGAAUUCCUUUUGCUGUGAGCUCUGACAACUAUCUUAAACGUUUUGAAGACCCUUCCCCUCCCAAAAUAAAGUCCUAUGAUGAAUUACUUGAUACUCCACCACCUCCAGAAAUAACAAGGAUACCAGAUGAUGUUCUACAGAUUUUGUCCAAGUAUAAUUAUAAAUCAGACUCUUCUACAGACAAGGAAAAUGGAGACCAAGGCAGGAAAUACUACAAGAUAGGAAAGUGAUUUCAUCAAUUACUGCAACAAAGAGAACAGAGAAUAUCCUGGAUUUUUCAAGCCAAAUAUCUGAAAUCAAGCUCAAGUCCAUGUUGAGAUUUUACACAUUUAUGGAUCUUGCCACUGAAUCAUAACAAGCUCAAAAGGCAAAAGAAGUUACUGGUGGGAUGAAAGAGCUGUUUGGCAAUGUUUUGGUAUCUAGUAGUCAUAGGAAUUAAGAUUUUUUUUUUUUUCUGCUAGAGAUUUUACUUUUGCCCACAAGAAAUCCCAAUUCUUUAUCCUUAUUUGGAGCCAGUUUGCACUUUACAGUGUCAGAUAUUCUUUAUGGUGACUCCAGGAAAUACUCCUACCAGCUGUACAUGGUCUUCCUGUGAUAGAUAAAAUUCUGUUAUUUAGAUGAGAGCUGGCAUGCAACACGUGAGGAGGAGAGACUGUUCCAGGAGACUGGGAGAAGUGUAAUACACAGCUCCACUUUAAGUCUUCAGGAUAUACAGACAGACGGAGAUGCCCUGAAGUGUCUCUCCAGGUGCUUAGACUUACUUGCCCUGCUAAAACAUAGUGAGCAACAGAGCUGGUUUCCUGCUAUUCCAGUCAUUCUCCAGGAUACAUGUACCUCAAAUUAACUGUUUAAGUUUAUUUUGUAUUAUUUCUGGCCUGAGCACAGUCAUUUUUCUGUGAUAGCUUGUGUUUAGAAAUAUGGGUGUAUUACUAUGUGUGGGUAGUUGAGCUUUUAAAUGCUAAAUAAAUCUGUCUUAUAUGUUUGGUGGCUGCUUGGAAAACUAUAA